AUGGUCUCCUCCGAUCCAGUGGACGCGCCCUCGGCACCAUCCGAGUCCGCCCCACCCGUCCCUCUUACACACGACGACAAUCCGAGCAAUAAUGCGCCCGGUCCGAUUGCGAUCGAUGAUUUUGGCGACGAUUCUAAUAGUGAAUUCGACGACGAAUUGUCCGACUUGACCUCACUUUCCUCCAGCGUCCUAGCAUUUGAAUGGCUGAUGCUGUUGGGUGGAGAGCUUUACAAUGCACCUAUUGGUCCGUCACCGCAAAACAUUUUGGAUCUGGGCACUGGCACGGGGAUUUGGGCCAUGGACAUGGCAGAAAAGUUCCCGAGUGCGCAUAUCAUCGGCAACGACAUUAGUCCCAUUCAGCCAACGUGGGUCGCACCAAACAUUGAAUUCAUUGUCGAAGAUUUCGAAGGUGACUGGCAAUAUGAGCCCAAUCACUUUGACUUUAUUCAUGCUCGAUGUCUGGCCGGAUGUGUGGCCGAUUGGCCAGGUUUUAUUCGCCGAAUCUUCGACCAUGUUAAGCCGGGCGGCUAUUUUGAAUCCCACGAGAGUGCCGUUUGGGCCUGGAGUGACGACGGAUCUCUCAAGCCCGAGUCUGCACUGAUGGAAUGGCAGCAGGCUGUGAAUGUUGCUGGCGACAAGAUCGGCCGCGAGCUGAAUAUCUACCACAAGCUGAAGGACUGGAUGAUCGCGGCUGGAUUCGAGGAUGUGAAUCUGUCGGUCUAUACACUUCCGUUCUCGCCCUGGCCUCGAGACCCGCACUUAAAGGCGCUGGGCAAAUACCAGGCAGUGCAAUUGCAGCAAGCCAUUGAUUCCUAUUCUUUACGCCUGUACACGCAAGUUCUGGGAUGGGAUCCCGAUGUCGCCAAGAUUCACAACGCUGUGGUCAAACGAGAGCUCCGCGACAAGAGGUUGCACGCAUAUGUCCAAACGUACGUGCAACAUCCCUACUAUCUGAUCAGCUCAGAGUUGCAAAAACUAACAAUUAAUUUUUUGGACGCUCUCAGGGUCGCUGUCUAUGGAAGAAAGCCUCGGUAUUAG